CAUUGGCAGUUUGAGGGCUUGCAGCCGCCUUUGGAUUGGUUGACUCUGCGGGACGCUAUGCGGCUGCGCAGAGGCCGACUCUCAAGGAGGCGGAGUUUCGUCUUUUCGCCUGGUGGAAAAGCAGUAGGAUCGGCUAGAGGCGACAGCGGAAAUCGAGCCUGAGCCCUGCUGGGGCUUUGGGCUUUAGAUUGCUCUCUAACCAAAGUGACCUCAGGAAGGGAAAAUGGCGUCUGAAUCUGAAACCCUGAAUCCCAGUGCUCGGAUAAUGACCUUUUACCCAACCAUAGACGAGUUCCGGAACUUCAGUCGAUACAUCGCCUACAUUGAAUCUCAAGGAGCUCACAGGGCUGGGUUAGCCAAGGUUGUACCUCCAAAAGAGUGGAAGCCACGAGCAUCCUAUGAUGAUAUUGAUGACCUGGUCAUUCCUGCACCCAUCCAGCAGCUGGUGACGGGGCAGUCUGGCCUCUUUACUCAGUACAACAUACAGAAGAAAGCCAUGACUGUUCGAGAGUUCCGCAAGAUAGCCAACAGUGAUAAGUACUGUACCCCACGCUACAGUGAGUUUGAAGAGCUUGAACGGAAGUACUGGAAGAACCUCACGUUUAAUCCUCCAAUUUAUGGUGCAGAUGUGAAUGGUACUCUCUACGAAAAGCAUGUCGAUGAGUGGAAUAUUGGCGGGUUGAAGACCAUCUUGGAUUUGGUAGAAAAGGAGAGUGGAAUCACCAUUGAGGGUGUGAACACUCCAUACUUGUACUUCGGCAUGUGGAAGACAUCCUUUGCCUGGCAUACAGAAGACAUGGACCUGUACAGCAUCAACUACCUGCACUUUGGAGAGCCAAAGUCCUGGUACUCUGUUCCACCUGAGCACGGAAAGCGGCUGGAGCGUCUCGCCAAAGGCUUUUUCCCAGGAAGUGCUCAAAGUUGUGAGGCUUUUCUUCGCCAUAAGAUGACCUUGAUCUCCCCUCUAAUGCUGAAGAAAUACGGCAUCCCUUUUGACAAGGUGACUCAAGAAGCUGGAGAAUUUAUGAUUACUUUCCCUUAUGGUUACCAUGCCGGCUUUAACCAUGGCUUUAACUGUGCGGAAUCUACAAAUUUUGCUACCCAUAGAUGGAUUGAGUAUGGCAAACAAGCUGUAUUGUGCUCCUGCAGAAAGGAUAUGGUGAAGAUCUCCAUGGAUGUGUUUGUGAGGAAGUUCCAGCCAGAGAGGUACAAACUCUGGAAAGCUGGCAAGGACAGCACAGUCAUUGACCAUACUCUGCCUACACCGGAAGCAGCCGAGUUUCUGAAGGAAAGUGAGCUGCCACAAAGAGCUGGGAAUGAAGAGGAGUGCCCAGAAGAGGACAUGGAAGGGGUAGAGGAUGGACAGGAAGGAGACCUGAAGAGAAGCCUGGCCAAGCAUCGUAUAGGGACAAAGAGGCACCGGGUUUGUCUGGAAAUACCACAGGAGGUGAGUCAGAGUGAGCUCUUCCUCAAGGAGGAGCUGAGCUCUGGCCAGUAUGAAAUGACGGAGUGCCAGGCCACCCUUGCUCCCGUGAGGCCCACCCACAACUCUGUGCGGCAAGUUGAGGAUGGCCUACCCUUUCCAGAUUACUCUGACUCCACUGAUGUCAAAUUUGAAGAGCUCAAAAAUGUCAAACUAGAAGAGGAGGAUGAGGAGGAGGAACAGGAGGCAGCUGCCCUGGAUCUUUCUGUGAAUCCCGCUUCUAUAGCCGGACGCCUGGUCUUCUCAGGUUCCAAAAAGAAAUCAUCUUCUAGCCUGGGCUCCAGUUCUUCUCAGGAUUCUGUUUCUUCUGAUUCGGAAACCAGUGAGCCCCUCUCCUGCCAAGCUCAAGUGCAAACGGGAGUUCUUACUGUGCAUAGCUAUGCCAGAGGUGAUGGCAGAGUCGCCGUGGGACAGCCGUGCAUGAGGAAGAAAGGCAGUGCCCCCAGAAGUAUCAGUGAGCGGGAGCUGGCUGAGGUUGCAGAUGAAUACAUGUUUUCCCUGGAGGAGAAUAAGAAGUCCAAGGGUCGCCGUCAGCCCUUAAGCAAGCUCCCGCGCCAUCACCCGCUUGUGUUGCAAGAGUGCAUCAGUGACGAUGAGACUUCUGAGCAAUUGACCCCUGAGGAGGAGGCUGAGGAGACAGAGGCCUGGGCCAAGCCCCUGAGCCAGCUGUGGCAGAACCGACCUCCAAACUUUGAGGCUGAAAAGGAAUUCAAUGAGACCAUGGCUCAGCAGGCCCCUCACUGUGCAGUCUGUAUGAUCUUCCAGACAUACCAUCAGGUCGAGUUUGGAGGCCUUAGUCAGAACUGUGGAAAUACUUCAGAAUUAGCCUUCCAGAAGCAGAGGACCAAGCCAUUGAUUCCAGAAAUGUGUUUCACCUCAACUGGCUGCAGCACGGACAUCAACCUGUCUACUCCGUAUCUUGAGGAGGAUGGUACCAGCAUCCUAGUUUCCUGCAAGAAAUGCAGUGUCCGGGUUCAUGCCAGUUGCUAUGGGGUACCCCCUGCAAAGGCUUCUGAAGACUGGAUGUGUUCUCGAUGUUCAGCCAAUGCCCUAGAGGAAGACUGUUGUUUAUGCUCCUUACGAGGAGGGGCCCUACAGAGAGCAAAUGAUGACAGGUGGGUCCACGUUUCAUGUGCUGUGGCAAUUCUGGAAGCAAGAUUUGUCAACAUUGCUGAAAGAAGUCCAGUGGAUGUGAGCAAAAUCCCCUUGCCCCGCUUCAAACUGAAAUGUGUCUUCUGUAAGAAGCGGAGGAAAAGAAAUGCUGGCUGCUGUGUGCAGUGUUCCCAUGGUCGGUGCCCAACUGCCUUCCACGUGAGCUGUGCCCAGGCUGCUGGGGUGAUGAUGCAGCCAGAUGACUGGCCUUUUGUUGUCUUCAUUACCUGCUUUCGGCACAGGAUUCCCAAUUUGGAGCGUGCCAAGGGGGCCUUGCAGAGUAUCACCGCAGGCCAGAAGGUCAUUAGCAAGCAUAAGAACGGGCGCUUCUACCAGUGUGAAGUAGUCAGGCUCACCACCGAGACCUUCUAUGAAGUCAACUUUGAUGAUGGCUCCUUCAGUGACAAUCUGUAUCCUGAGGACAUAGUGAGCCAGGACUGUCUCCAGUUGGGUCCUCCUGCUGAAGGGGAAGUGGUCCAAGUGAGAUGGACAGAUGGCCAAGUCUAUGGAGCUAAAUUUGUGGCUUCCCACCCCAUCCAGAUGUACCAGGUGGAAUUUGAGGAUGGCUCACAGCUUGUGGUUAAGAGAGAUGAUGUAUAUACGCUGGAUGAAGAGCUUCCCAAGAGAGUCAAGUCUAGACUGUCAGUAGCCUCAGAUAUGCGCUUCAACGAGAUUUUCACGGAGAAAGAGGUUAAGCAAGAAAAGAAACGGCAGCGGGUCAUCAACUCUAGAUACCGGGAAGAUUACAUUGAACCUGCGCUGUACCGGGCCAUCAUGGAGUAGGUGCUUCCUGGGUCCAGAAGGUUCCCAGCCUUUGAGGCGAGAGCACUCUGGUGUUCCACAGCACAGCAGACACUCGGAACUCUGAAGUCUCUAAAAGUGAAGUUGUAAAAAGAAAAGAAAUGAAAUCACCAACCUAUCACCUCCUUACCCCACCCUCUUCGCAUUCUGCCCUAGUGAAAAAGACAAGCCAUUUUGGGACAUGUGGCAGCAGCUGCUGAUCUCCCAGCUGAGGGGCUGAGCACUGGAAUGCUGUGGCUGCACUGACCCAAGUCCAAAAAAGGGGUCAACUGUGCCAGCUGGGCGGGUGGCCCUGUUCCUGGCCUAGGACUUAGUUUCCUACCAAUCAAUCACCUGCACCCCUUAGGCAGAGGUGCUGGUGCUUUACCCAGUUCUUUUUGUAUUUAUGUGAGUGUGUGUGUGUUUGUGCGUGUGUGUGCCCGCGCGUGUGCGUGUGCAUUUGGUCUGGACCAGCUUCUCCGAGCCCCUGGCCUUUACUUUCUUCCUUGCCUAUGCAGGGCAAACAAAAUGUGAAAUUCUGUCCUCAGCUAAGCUGAGUAAAGGCCCCUGGGUGUUGGCUGGAGGUGGAUGCAACAUCUGUCUAGGCCUGGAAUGGCCCCAAGAGAAUGCUGGCAAAGCUGCAGUAUUGAGAUGCUAAGGGGUUGAUGCCACCUCCUUGUCCUCCCUUGAAGGAGAACAUAGGGGUAACACGGCUGUGUGCCCGCAACAAACAUUCUAGGGACAGAGCUUCUGUGGCACAGUAUUAGAGGGUGUGGGUGGGGAAUACCCUCAAGGGAGGACUUUAAUGAUGGAAGCAGGCAGAGCCUGGUGGGUGAAUCUGUCAACAAAAUUGCAAUGGAAGGGCUGGGAGGGUUAGGAUGAAUUGGGGCCACUGGAGGCCAAGGGCAAUUAUAGGUAUGCCCUUGGUCUGGGGGUGGGAGGGAGCUGAUUUGAGGGUGGAGGGUGGGCGAAGGGGGCAAUACUGAGGGGGUUAAACAGUUUUUUGCUCCCCAUGAAUUUGUUUGCCUGGGCCCAGGAUUGGAGGGGUCACAACUAUACCCUAUGUAUACAAGAAUCAGAUUUAUAAUACUUCCCCAUUUUUGUUACGUAUGAACGCUAUAAACCAAAUUAUUUUGAAAACUGGUG